AUGUUGCGCUUCACUGUUGCGUUGCUGUCGCUUGCGGUGUUUGUCCCUCAAGUCGUUGGGCAGACAUGGUGCGGCAAGAACUACAUGUCAACGGACCCACCCAUGGACCCCGGAGGACAGUUCCCGAUCCCCGCGUCCUCGUCCACGUCUCUCCUCGCUCUACGGUGCUCCCCCGCAAUCAAGCCGUAUCUUUCUGAAGACGCCUCCGCUCCCCAGACUUUCGUAAUCGACGCUCCCAUCACGUUCUCGCAAAUCGCGGGCGCAGCGCCGGUUGAUCUGUCGUCACACAAUGCCCGCGCCAUCCUCGACGUCACCGUCAAAGUCGGGGGCAAAACGCUCGCCAAGGGCCCUGUUGCAGUGAAUGCGUCCAAGGCAGAGUUGCCCUUCUCGUUGGAGGGGCUCGACCCGCAAACAACGCCCUUCGAUGUGGAGUGCUCAGCGACACUCGGGAAGCAGACGUUUACCACGACCUCAGCGCUCUCGUUCCUCCCGCCCCCGCCAGAUGGUCGCUCGGUGACGAAGAUGGACAUGCGAACUGGGGCCCUGCUUGCGAAGCCCGCAACGGGGAUGGGAGGAGAGUACGAGACGGUCUUCCCAGUGGGGUUCUACAGUAAUUUUGACGGAUAUCUUACAAACCUAUCGGUCAUCGACGAGAUUGCGGCUCAGGGCUUCACCGUGAUCCACCCCAUCCCGACUUUCGACAACCUGACCGCUCUGGCGGAGGUCGUUCAGCGCAUGGAGGAGGUUGGCAUCUAUCUGAUGUACGACAUGAGAUGGACGUAUAUGAACAACACUGCCGUCACGGAAGAGGUGAACAGGAUCAAGAACAGCCCCGCCCUCCUCCUCUGGUACACCGGCGAUGAGCCGGAUGGGACCUCCGACCCCCUCAACGCGACGACCAUCGCCUACGACCUCAUCUAUUCGCUGGACGGUUACCACCCGGUUUCGCUCGUGCUCAACUGCGAGAACUACUACUGGACGGAGUACACGUCUGGGACGGACAUCGUCAUGCAAGACACGUACAUGAUCGGCAUCAACGCGACGUACUCGACCGUUUGGAACACUCCAUGCACCCCGGACUACGGAGACUGUGGCUGUGACAACUGCCAAGGCGAAUUUGAGGACAUCAGUACGCGCAUGGAUGAGUUUGCACAACGCGGCUUUAUCGACAGCUGGGAACUCUCCAAGGCCGCAUGGACAGUCCCACAAGGCUUCGGCGCCAGCGAGUACUGGGAUCGCGUACCUACCGGCCAAGAGUUCAUCGUCCAGAGCGUCCUCGCCAUCAACCACGGCGCACUGGGUGUGGUAUCGUGGAACGCGCCGUCCUCCGAUGAUAUCACCGCGUCAGCCGCCCUCCUCUCACGCUCUCUCGCCGCGGACAUGAAGGCCUUCAUCCUCCACCCACACGCUUCCUUCGAGCACACCGUUGUCAGCCGCGUUGACGUCGGCUCUUGGACCGUGGGCGACCGCACCCUUGUGCUCGCGACGAACCUCAACUACGCCGAGACCAAGUUCGACCUUUCGUCACUAAAGAUGCCGGUGGACGCCGAUGCGGUUGGACAUGCGAAGCAGGUGCUGGACAGUGGUGCGAAGUUGGAGGGGCGGAAGAUUGUGCUGGAGAGUGUAGGUACGGGCGCGUUCAUUCUGGGAUGA